AUGGAGAAAGAGACGUCGGACCUGCUCAAGGCACUCCAGAAGCCGUCGACCGAUGUCCAGUCGCGCCUGGCCCUGUUCAGCACGCUCAAGUCGAGCAUCAAGCACAACCGGGUCCCUGAAAGUUGUCAGGCUCCUAUCUUCGAGUGCAUCCGCAUCGCCUGCACCGCCGCCACCUCGGCCGCGCUCGUGUCCACGGGCUUCUCGACGCUGAGCCACUUCAUCAAGCGCCUGCAACUGCAGAAGGAGACGUCGAUUCUUACGUCACAGUCGCCCAUACUAUGUUCCAUCCUCGCCGACAAGUUGGGCGAUGGGCGCGAAAGCCACCGCAGCGCCGCCUCGCAGAUUCUGGCCGACCUGCACUACCUGUGCUCCAUGGAGAUUGACGCGCUGAUACACGAUGCCAUCAAGAGCACGAACCCGCGCGCCAAAGAAUCCGCCAUGUUGUGGGUGGUCAAGAUGAACAAGAGCGAAGGGCUCCCUUUCAAGAGCUACUCCAACCAGCUCGUGGCAAACUGCGAAGACGCGGAUCCCGCCGUGCGCGACACGGCGAAGAAGGCGGUUGUGGAGCUCUUUGGACACGCUCCGGAACACGCCAAAGCCAACCUUAAGAAGCAGCUCGUGGCCCUGAAUGUCCGGAAAGCCAUUGCCACCUACAUCACCUCCCACCUCGACGACGACGCCAUGGCUAAGAGCGUGGAUGUCGCGCCUGCCCAACCGCCCGCCCCCGUCGCCCGACCCAUCGUAUCCAAACGCGCCCAGACGCUGCAACCCGACGUCGGCUUGGCAGAGAGCUUUGCGGAUGAGCAGCCUCCCCCGGUCGAGGUUGUCGUCAUGGACCCCAUACACAUCUACACACAGCGCGAGCUCGACGACGUGUUCCGCGACAUGGCGCCCUGCUACGAAGGCAAGGAGAGCGAGGGCAAUUGGCUGGCAAGAGAUAAGAACUGCACAAAGUUGAGACGUAUACUCAAGGGCAACGCGCCUCAUGAGUUCCACGCAACUUUCAUCGCCGGCAUCAAAUCGCUCCUAGACGGUAUCCUCAAGGUCGCCAACUCGCUUCGAACAACCAUGUCUACCAACGGCUGCCUGCUGGUUCAGGAGCUUGCAAAGACACUCGGCUCUGCGAUCGACCCCUGGGUUGAGAUUCUCCUGCAAUCUUUCAUCAAGAUGUGCGGUGCUACGAAGAACAUCGCAGCGCAGAACGGAGCCGUUACAGUAGACACCAUUUUCCAGAGCGUGUCGUAUAACAGUCGCGUAUUGCAGCACGUAGCCAUGGCCUCACAAGACAAGAACGUGCAACCCCGAACCCACUCUGCCACCUGGGCUAAAACUCUGAUCAAGAGGCACACCUCACACAUCGAACAUUCAGGAGGGCUGGAAACAUUGGACACCUUGAUCCGAAGAGGUGUCACGGACGCUAACCCCAAGGUGCGUGAGGCCUACCGAAGCGCCUACUGGACGUACGCUUUAGUAUGGCCUCAGAGGGCCGAGAAGAUGUUCGAUACGCUCGACAAGCGAGAAAAGACCGCACUCGAAAAGGACCCCAACAACCCGAACGGCUCAGCCCCCUCGUCCACGACAAGCGCAGCUUCGUUUUCGAAAUCGAUAGGCCCGGGCGCCUCGCGGAGUGCCCUGAAGGAGAAGAUUGCUGAACAGAGGAGAGCAAAGCUAGCGGCCGCGAAAGGUGUCCCCGAACGCCCCAACUCUGCUGCUGCUAGUUAUACACCAGUGCCAACAUCGCAAUCGGCCAAGUCUUUGGGCGCGAGAACAACGUCGAACCUUUCCACGGCUUCUUCGGGUCCGGCGCGACCACCCUCUGCCAUGUCCGGAGAGUCAACGAAGUCAGCGCUGAAGAACUCCACAGGUACCGGCUCCUUGAUGUCGGGCACAGUCCGUCGGCCGGUCCGCCGACCAGAGUUGAACCGACCAGCGACCGCGGAUCCAUAUGCUGUCCGACGACCAGGAAAGAGCACGCCCAACAUGACUCCAGAGAAGACACCUGCUCCAACGGCGACCAAGAAGCCUGCUGUACCGAAGAGCAGCUCAAGGCCGCGUGCGCAAACACAGAAUAGCCCGCAAGUUAGUCCGGCGCGGCCCAAAUCAAGGAUUGGCCAACCCAUUGCCCAUGGCAAGUCUCCUAGUGCGAGCUCUCGUCGCGAGAGCCCGGCUGUGAGCCCAGCAAAAGAGGAGGACCUAUCGAUGGUGAAGCCUUGGGUUCGAUCACAAAGCCAGCAUGACGCAGGUACCAUACCGUUUCGACAAAGGAACGGCCUGGGUGGAAGUGUAGCUGGAGACGAUGAGGCUGUGGAUGUGGGAGAUGAAGACAACUUUACCAUGGUCAUUCCUAACCUUGCGAAACCAACGACACAAUCCACACAUGACACGCCACCGAAGCCGAGAAAGUCCAUCGGUCGACUGCCGAUACCCAGCCCUCGUGCUGCAGCGCUAAGAAGUCCAAAGUCUAUGGGGCACCUAGACAGCGCUAGCCUACGGUCUUCGACACGCAGCCCACGCCUGAGGUCACCAGAUCGACCAAGCACUCGCGGUACCGACGCCGGAGACGAAGUACAAGUGUUUGAGGAUCCAUUUGUUGGCGAGGAGCACACACGUGUCGAGAAUGGAUCAGAAAAGCCGGUCCUCGAGGAGCUUCCCAUCAACGAGAAGAGCAACGAGCGCCGCCAAAGUACUGGAAGCAUGACAAGCGAUGUCAUGAUGGGUAACGAUAACGAAGAGCGCCCUCGCGGCCACCACAAGACGAACAGCACAGGAAGCGUCCUGCACACACAAAGCUACGAGACAAACGAUGCUGAAGUGCUGAAGAACCGACAGCUGCUCACAAGCGGCAUCAAAAAGAUUGAAGGACGCACAGUCGAAGCCCACAUGUUCCGCCGCAUGCAGGACAUGGUCAAGUCGAACCAAGAAAUCUGGGGACCAAAUGACGAGAACUUUGGCAGGCUAUUACUGGCAUGUCUGGAUUUCCUUGAGGCACCCGUCCACGAGUUGAAGGCGCCUCAGAUGAAAGCUGUCAAUCUAAAGGUACAGGCUCUAGCAACAAUUCGCGCGUUGCUAUCCCUCUACCGCAAAGAGACUUCGAAGUACUACUCCCGCGUCCUCCGCACUAUCCUGCAAACAAAGGCACAGUACGAAAGCACAUCUCACAUCGCUAUCGACCUCGAAGCGACCGCAGAUGAGAUUGUCAAGUAUGGACAGACUCUGGAUUGUCUCAAUACUGUCCUUGCGAUGAUCGAAGACACACCCGCAUCGACGCCAACAUCCUCGCCAAACUCCAAGUCCUCAGUCUCUUCCCAACCGGGCCAAGCGUCGACUCGCUCCACAACCAUGGCCUUGACCACACUCGCAUCCCUCGUGCAGAUGAGCGGCGCCAAGAACGUCACACUGUCCGCCGAACAGACUGCGCGUCUAGGCAGACUAGCCGUACGCUGCAUGGACGACCAAGACGCCGACGUACGCAAAGCAGACAUCGAGUUCUGCAUCGCCCUCCACGAACGCAUCAACGGCUCCGACGGCGCAAAGGAAGACGGCGGCUUCUGGAAAGCUGUUGCCGGCGCGAGGGAACAGCACUUGAACCUCUUGACAUACUACCUUGCCAAGAAGGCUAAGGCCUAG